GAUUUGUCGCUGCUUCAGGAUGAUGUGCAGGAAGAGAUAGAUGGAUUUGGUGUGGAUGACUACAGCUCAGAGUCUGAUGUGAUUAUUAUACCUUCAGCCCUGGACUUUGUCUCACAAGAUGAAAUGUUGACCCCACUUGGAAGGUUGGACAAGUACGCUGCAAGUGAAAAUAUAUUUAACAGACAAAUGGUGGCGCGAAGUUUGUUAGACACAUUAAAAGAAGUCAGUGAUGACGAGAAGGAUUGUAUUUCCGUGUUAGAGAGGGUUUCCAAACUGUCAGAUGAUUCUGAGCCCACCGUGCGUGCCGAACUCAUGGAACAAGUGCCUCACCUUGCAAUGUUCUGUCAAGAGAACAGGCCUUCAAUUCCUCAUGCUUUCUCCAAUUACCUUCUACCCAUUGUAGUGCGUUAUCUAGCUGACCAAAAUAACCAGAUAAUGUGUAAAAUGGCAUCCAUGGUUGGUAAGGAUAUAACAGAAAGAUUAAUCCUUCCAAGGUUUUGUGAGAUGUGUUGUGACUGUAGGAUGUUUCAUGUCCGCAAGGUCUGUGCAGCCAAUUUUGGGGAUAUAUGCAGCGUAGUUGGACAGGAAGCAACAGAGAAGAUGCUGCUGCCUCGGUUCUACCAGCUUUGUUCUGACAAUGUAUGGGGUGUGCGGAAGGCCUGCGCUGAGUGCUUCAUGGCAGUGUCCUGUGCAACUUCUCAAGAGCUCCGACGGACCAAGCUUUCUUCUCUUUUUAUUAACCUAAUCGGUGACCCAUCUAGAUGGGUACGCCAAGCUGCCUUUCAAUCCCUUGGGCCUUUUAUAUCAACUUUUGCAAACCCAUCUAGCUCUGGUCAGUAUUUCAAGGAAGAAGAAUGUAAAAACAGCAAGGAUGUAAAACAAAAUGAAGUUAGUGAGAGGUAUGUGAAUCAUCCAUCUUUUAUUGCCAUGUGCUUUGAAUUAAACCUUGACCUGAAAAUGUUCAUGUAA